AACCAAUCAAAUCAAAACAAGCGCCUCUCAUCUCAUAAACCCCAUCAACCCCCCACCUUCUCUCCUCCUCCUCACCCCGUCCCCAAACAUGAGCACCAGCGAGGCCGCCACCGUCAUCCCCGUUUACGACGUCGCCCCCGGCCAGGGCGCGCCCUCCAAGGCCCCCGCGGCGGCGCCUUCCGCGCCUCCGGCUGCCGCCCCAGCCGCGGCCGCGACGACAGCUCCGCGCAAGUUCCCCAUGCCGUUCUUCCAGCGGAGCGACCGCGGCAGCCGGUGCAUGGCGUUCCUCGACUUCCUGCUGAGGAUCGCGGCGUUCGGGCCGGCGCUCGCGGCGGCCAUCGCCACCGGCACGUCCGACGAGACGCUCUCCGUCUUCACCGAGUUCUUCCAGUUCCGCGCCCGUUUCGACGACUUCCCAGCCUUCCUGUUCCUCAUGGUGGCGAGCGCGAUCGCCGCGGGGUACCUGCUGCUGUCCCUCCCCUUCUCCGCCGUCGUCGUGCUGCGGCCUCAAACCACCGUCCUGAGGCUUCUCUUGCUCGUCUGCGACACGAUCAUGCUCGGGCUGCUGACGGCGGCGGGAGCGGCGGCGGCGGCCAUCGUGGACCUGGCGCACAGCGGGAACGAGCGCGCCAACUGGGUGCCCAUCUGCAUGCAGUUCCACGGCUUCUGCCGGCGCACGAGCGGCGCCGUCGUGGCAUCCUUCCUCUCCGUCUUCAUCUUCGUGCUCCUCGUCAUCCUCGCCGCCUUCUCUAUCAGGAAGCGCUGAAACCAGCCUUGCUUAACCGUGUCUGUGUGUUUGCUUAGCCGGCGGCAGCCCAGAUGCUGCAACCCCGGGAUUUUUUUGCUUAACCGUGUCUGUGUGUUUUAAUGUUGCAUGCGUCCUCAGUUUCCUUUCUGCAUUUGUGUAAAGUGUGCGCAUUGGCGAGUAAGUGGCAGUGCACUGUUAAUCUCCGUGUAUAUCUGUACUACUCCUACCUGUGUUGCCUGGUAAUACAAAGUCGUGACCGAACAAGGUGUUCCGAAA